GGUGCAUUUAUAAACUAAGCACAGGGAAAAGACGACUUUUAUCCUCCCCUGCAUCUUUCUCUUCCCUCUUUUCUCUCUGUUUGUGGCUGCAUGCCCUAACUUUUGUUCGCCGCAUAUCUAUCGUCGAAGGAGGCGAAGGAGGUUCCUUAACGAUUCCAAAGAUCAGAAGCAGUUUAGGUUGAAAACUGUGAGUUACAUCCUUCUGUUAUAGUUCAUUCAUUCGAGUUUGACUGUGUAUCUGUGAAUGAUUCCCACCUGUAGGGUGUUCUUCACCCGAUUUGUCUUCCUAUUUUUCCCCUCACCGUUUCUUACGACAACAUUAUCGAAAUUUUUCUUUAAAAAAAAUUUGGGUUUCUCUGUUUCGCACACAGGCAUUUUCUUUAUGAGUCUCCCCUCAACCGAAAAGAAAUGGGAUUGUGGAUUCAUUGAUUAUCGUGGAAAGAAUGCUCUGAGAGUAAUUUUCUUGGUAAGGGAGAAGGGGAGAGUUUGUUAGUUUAUCUGGUUCCGUUGUAAGAAAUGGGAUUGUGGGUUCUUCACUUAAUUGCUUAGUUAUUAAAAGGCAAGUUGGCAUGUAAUUAGCAUAUGGAAAUCUAUGUUGUUCAUGUUGUGCAACAGAGUGGAUAGUGGAGCUGUGCUUAUCUUGUCAAAUGUGAUGCUUUUCUUCUUUUCCUUGAAUCCUCUUCCUAAUGUUUCCUUUUUAUCUUUUUUGGCUGUCGAUGAUUUCGGUACAUAGGAUUUUGGACAAUGUUGGAUAGGGUAGCUUAAUGGAACUUCAAUAGGUUUUAUUUAUUUAUUUAUUUAUUUAAUCUCUGAAGCACCUACAACAACUUAAUUAGUACUUAUACAAUUAUUGAAGAAAAUAACCCAGAAAAGAAUAUAACUUCUUCCAUCAAGUGAAUAACUGUACAAGCUGAAAUUCAAAUUAAUUCUUCCCACUUCCCGAAGAAACUUAUAGCUACAUGACAAAAGAAUAUCUGCUCAUAUCUUGGAUUUGACCAAUAAGAAAGUCUCUGUUGCCUGCACAUUGUGAACUUGAUAAUGGUUCUGCCGGGACACCCACAAGGUGUGGUCCGUGUGGAUGCAAUCCUGUAAAAAGUUAAAUUCCUGUGUCACUCAAAUGAUCACCAAUUUGUAGCAAUGUUCAUUUAUUUCCUCAGCAGAUCCACAUUCGACUCCAUCUCCUUAGCAAGUCCAUGAUAUCCCUUGGAACAGUUGACCUUGGACCAAAUUGAUGUAAGAUUUUUAACUUAAUUUUCUGACAAAUUAUUGUAGAUGAAUAGAUAGUAAACUGAUCCUUCUUACUAGAGCAAUGUCUGACAUCUUUCUUGUCCUAGAUUACAUAAUAUUUAACCCUUCCUCUGGGUUUGCUUUGAGAUAUCUACCUGUGUGAUGAUUUUGGAUUUAGUUAACAGCUCCCCUAUGUGUGUGAUUAGUGGUCCUUCAGAAUUUUUAACCUAAUUUAGUGGAAUUACUUUUUCUUCCUUGGUAGGUAUUCUUCUUUUUCUUGCUUUCCCCUCAAACCCCGUAAAUAGACAAAUCUACCAAGGAUGGAGAGGGAAGUGCGUACAAGUGUGCUGCUUCUGAAUUUGUUGCGAGAUAUUGUUUUUAAUUAGAAUCUGAAAAGUAUCAAGUCUAAAUUUUGUAUUACAACUGAACAAUAAGUCAACGUUUAAGUUUAUUAAACAAGAAAAGGCAGGCUGUUUUAUCUUUAUAUUUAUUAUAUUGCUUGGCAGUGGCAUUGUGUUUAUGCUGACAAACUUUUGCUUCUAUCAACUUUGUGCAACAAAACAUCUCACACAAAGCAUCAGUUUUUGUAGCUGGCUAUUCUCUGGUAAUUACCCUUUCUAUUUGAUGUAUUUGGUUUGGCACCCCUCCUUUUUUUGGUCACAUGAUGUUUUCAACUAUCAAGACCUUUUCUUAGUAUUGUGUUGUGAGAGCUUGAAGAUGGAUGUUUGUGAGAGAAAUUUGAUUUUUGAGGACUCCAGUAAAAAGGUGGCCAAGUCGUGAGAUGUGGUUCUCGGUUCAUGUUGGCAUAACUUGGUCUGUUUCUGCAUACGUUACAGGAAGCUUUUCAAAUCCUGCUACCGAAACUUCUGAAAGAUCAUCCAGAGCUUUGCAGGGUAACUCCGUUGGGGCUUACGAGAAAUGGAUCCUGGACGAUAUAUACUCCAUCAAGGAUGGGAUAAUAACAGCGCUUCGGAGGGUUAUGGUCCACUGCAUGAGCCAGACUAUCGGGUUGGUGGUUCAUAUGAUGGUAGGAGGUUUCUGGAUGAGGGAUUCUCAAGGGACAAUAUCUAUCCAAGGGGCUCCUAUCAUCGGGACAUUGUUGAGAGGGAUAAUUAUCCAACUCAACAAUCUGUUGUUGGUGUUUGGCCUCAACAAAGUUUUGAUGAAGAGUAUGCACUUAUUAGGGAACCCAAGCGACAUGAGAAGCCAUAUAUUGAUGGUUUUCGUGAAGCUGCUAAGUAUCGUGAGAUUGACAGGUUUCAGGAUGGUUAUCGUGGUGUUGACAGCUACCACAAUGUAGAUAGUUGCCAUGAUUAUGGGUUUGAUAGGCCUGCUAGGCUUGGAGGACAGGAUCGUGAUGAAUUUGCCGCUGAUGAUUAUGAUCAUAGACACCGUAUUUCCUACCAAAGCAGGGGGGAUAGCCAUGAAAAGGGUCGAUAUAGUUAUGACUCUGAUUAUGAUAGAGCUAGUAGGAGAGACGGAAGUUGGAGGAAGCGUGACUCUCGUGAUCGUGAUCGCGACCAUGAUAUGAGGAGUCGGGAAAGAGACCAAAGCCCACAUAGGAGGCAUGAGCGAUCUCGAUCUCGAUCUCAUGGGCAUGAUGAUCGACUAAGAUCAAGAUCAAGGUCACCUCGAAGUCGCAUCCAUAGUCGAAGUCAUCGGGAGGACAGCUAUGAUGACAAUCAACAUGAGAGGGGUGAAAAACGAAGGGACCGUGAUGGCAAACGACUCCUUGAUCAUUCAUCGGCGGCUCCGUCAGCUACUCUUGUUGUGAAGGGUCUGUCGCAGAAAACAACUGAAGAGGAUUUAUAUCAGAUUCUUGCUGAGUGGGGACCCAUCCGUCAUGUACGUGUAAUUAAAGAGAGGAAUUCUGGGAUCUCACGUGGUUUUGCUUUUAUUGAUUUCCCUUCUGUGGGAGAGGCACGUAAGAUGGUGGAUGGAAUUGGAGAUGAUGGUCUGGUUGUGGAUGGCAGGAAGCUCUUUUUUGAGUAUAGCAAGCCAACAACUGGAGCAGGUGGACCUCCUUAUGGACAGGAAAAUGCAGUGAAAUCAAGAAGCCACCAAAUUGCACCUCCAUCUGAUUGGAUGUGCACUAUUUGCAACUGUGUGAAUUUUGCACGGCGGACUUCCUGUUUCCAGUGCAACGAGCCAAGGACUGAUGAUGCUGCAGCAGCGGAUGUAGCGUCAUCUAAUCCCACCCAACUGGGAAGAAAAGGAUCGGAAGCAGGUCCAACUCAUGUUCUGGUUGUUCGUGGGCUGGAUGAAAAUGCUGAUGAAGAAAUGCUUCGGUAUGAGUUCUCCAAACAUGCUCCAAUCAAGGAUCUUCGUCUUGUCAGGGACAAAUUUACUCAUGUUUCUAGGGGAUUUGCAUUUGUCCAUUUCCACUCGGUGGAGGAUGCUACCAAAGCUUUGGAAGCAACAAAUGGAACAACACUUGAAAAGAAUGGUCAAAUCUUACGGGUGGCAUAUGCAAAAAGCAUACAUGGUCCAGGGUUGGGUGCAUCUGGGGCUUCACAGUCAAGCAGUCUUGCUGCUGCUGCAAUUGAGGCAGCAACGUUUGCUCAACAGUAUGAUGCUGUUGGAUGGGCACCUAAAGAAUAUAAUCCAGAUGAUAAACAAUCCACCAGUGGGCAGGAGCAAGGAAGCAGUGAUGGAGGUCAAAAGGAUGGCUCAGCUCCCCAAUCUGGAUUUGUAUGGGAUGAAGCAUCUGGUUAUUAUUAUGAUGCCACUUCCGGGUUCUACUAUGAUGGGAAUACAGGUCUUUAUUAUGAUAGUAGCAAUGGAACCUGGUAUUCUUAUGAUCAGCAAACUCAGCAGUAUGUCCCUUGUGGUGAUCAGAAUGACAAGACGUCUGGAAAAGCAGCAAAUGAGCCAAAGGCAUCUGAUAGUGCUAGUAACAGAAAAGUAGUGAUAUCUGCACCUGCUGCUACAAUAACAUUAAAUGAGAAGAGUGCGUCAUUACCAGAUGCUGUUCAGGCUGCUGCAUCUGCAGCUCUUGCUGCAGAAAAGAAAGAGAAGGAGAAAAUGAAAGAGAUAAGGGUGGCCUCAAAGAGCAACAUUCUUGCGAACAAGAAGAAAAUGAGUAAUGUUUUAAGCAUGUGGAAGCAAAGGAAUAAUGCAGGUCAGGCAGCUCGGAUCGUUCUCGAUGACACUCAGCCUUCAGGUUCAAUGGAUGACAGGCCUAAAAACAAGUUCAGAAGUGAUUCUAUGUCAGCAAAGGAAAAUACUUCUGCCAGUUUGGGAUUUCCCUCAGCAGUUGUCGGUCGUGGUGCUAGUAACACGUUAACUACCCCAAUUACUGCACAGACUGCUUCUGCAGUUUCUGAGAUCGGACCACAACCUGUCAGAAACAGUUCAGGAGGCACAUUAAUGGGGGUGAUUAGAGGUUCUGGAAGAGGGGUCAUGAAGUCAGAUGCUACUUUGUCUGGCAGACCUUUCUCCUCUUCACCUGCUAUUACAAACAUUGCAGCGACAUCAGCAGUUAAUCCAGAGACACCAGCCAUACAAACUCCCUUCAGAACAGAUGUAUCUGCACUGGGUUCCUACACACCGCCUGCUACUGGAAGUGGCAAGCGAAGAUUCUCUGAGAAGCCAGCUUCUUCUCAUAGGGAACAGCCUCAGACAACAUAUAGGGACCGUGCAGCUGAGAGGAGGAGCCUCUAUGGAUCAUCAUCUAUUGGGGAUGGGUUUGCUGAUUCAAGUAAAUCGAGAUUUGGCAUUCGGAAAAGGUUCUUUAUUGGAGACUGGGGAAUGCAUUUUUCCCCCAGGGUUGGUGGACGUGGGGCUAGAGAUGUUAUCAGUGGCAUCCUGAGUUGCGAGGUGAUUUCAGAUGAAAGAGCAAUUGAUGAGAAUAAUGUGGGUAAUAUUAUUGUUUCUUGGGUUGGUUGGACGCAAGGAAUGGGCAAGGAUCGGUGCAGCGUAACAGAGCCGGUACAAGCACCAGUCAUGGAAGAUAGAGCAGGCCUUGGGAGUAAACAGAGGAAGACUUUGGAGGUCCAGGCAGGUGAUAGUUACAGAACGCUCAUACAGAAGAGAUCUCUUGCCAGGUUCCAUGAGAUAUCUCAGCAAUUCCGAUUAGUUCAGUGCAUCCAUGUGGAGCCGAUGUCCUUUUGUUUCCUUCCUUUAUUCUAUGGACAUGCUAGCUUUAUAGCACUGUAAAUACUAGUUCUUUAAAUCCUCGCAAUUUUUGUUGAUUUGAGAGGAA